UCCUGUGUAUAUUAGUUCCUGCCUGUUCAGUUAGUUGUCGUCUGGUCUACUCGUUACGCUCCCAUUGUGUCUCAGUCCUGCCUUGUCUUGCUCUGUUUGAGUUCAUUAAAGACUGUUUGAGGUAAUUCUACAUCUCCGAGUUCCUCGUUCCUCCCGGCUGUGUGCACCGUGACAGUUAUCAGAGAUGAGAUGAUGGACACUCUUCAGCAGAUGCACUGCGCUAAACUCAGACGCAAGUUUUCCAUCAUCAAACCGGCCAAAACUAUUAAAAUGCAGAGUUUCACACGGGAGCUAUCAGAUUUCCUGAGCUGCCCGUACAAAUCGAACGCAACGGAGCGGGAGGUCAACAGAUUGAGGCUGCAGAUUUACUGUAACGCCACAGGAUCGUUACUCCUCACCAAACGAAACACAGCCGUCAAUCAGACCAUCCCAUAUGAGACAAGCAAAAUAAAAACAUACACGGUGAAUGCAGCCAUUCACAGCAUGCUGCCUGAGGAUUUCCCCUGGAGCGGGCGUCGUCUGGGUCGGUGUGCUGUGGUUGGCAGUGGAGGGAUUCUGAAGAACAGCAGCUGUGGACGUGAGAUUGACAGCGCAGACUUCGUCAUACGGUUUAAUUUGGCUUACAUUAAUGACAGUGAUGUUGGGCUGAAGACGGAUCUGAUAACCAUCAACCCCAGUCAGAUUCAAUUCAGCAGCCUGCUGGAGCGGGUCAGUGUGUACGGAAACGCCUCCCUCGCUAUUCCUGCCUUUGCCUACACAUUCUGCACUGGAAAGUCCAUCAAAGCUCUCAAACUCCUCCAUCCAAUCAGACCCCAUCAGCCGGUGGCGUUCUUCAGCCCCAUUUAUCUGCGGACACUGGACCGUUUCUGGAAGGGGCGUGGCCUGAAGUCAGUCCGCCUCUCCUCGGGGUUUAUGCUAAUUAACACUGCGCUGGAACUGUGUGAGGAUGUGCACGUGUACGGAUUCUGGCCAUUUGGCACCGAUCUGCAGGACAAUCCCGUUCCAUACCAUUAUUACGACGAGUUGAGGCCGCACCCCUACAUGCACGCAAUGCCGGAGGAGUUUGUGCGGCUUCUGCAGCUCCACAGCCAGGGGGCGCUGACACUGCACCUGCAGCCCUGCUCCUUAGACACACCCUAACAUCUUAUUUUGACUGUCAUUUAUUUACUGUAUAUGAGAGGGCAUGUUAUAUAAUUAAACGGUGAAUGAGGGCAUAUUUUAUAAUUACAUUAUUUUAAAUGAAUGCAAAGAGACAAAACAAAGCAUUAUCUGUAUUUAUAAAUACAUUUCAGGUUGUCCGAAGAAGAUUGUUUUAUCCCCAAACUGCUUGGGAGAUCUGAAACAUGUAUAAAAUAUUUAUUUCCCCAGGUGACUGUACUCGAUUUUGGGAUAAAAUAUGAUAUGGAAUCAUUUUUAAACAUUUCUUGUGUUUGAUUAUAGAAAUGGUCAAACUGUUAAAAUAAAGGUUGAAGUGUGAGCUUGGCUGAACACAUUCUUGAAACAUUCUUGAUAGCACAUCACGACUCUAUUUGAUGCUGCAUUCACAUCUGCAAGAUGUGUUUUUGAGACUUUGCUCAUCUGCAAUACACCUAUAGAACGUUUCCUAUCAGAUGUCGAAUAGACGUUUAGAAGAUGCCUUUAAGAUGUUUAUGAUUUAAAACUGACAUCAUAAAGACAUCUGUCAGAUGUUUGUACACAGCAGAUGAAGAGAUCUUCUCCGUGUGUUAUCAGUGUUUCUGCGCUUCACAGAUCUUUCCCUGAGCUGUUUAUUAGUGUUUUUAAAACUGGGGUGAAACAAGUUCCAGUAUUUCUCCGAACUGUGUAAUGCAGUGUUUUUUCAGGGUGUUUUCGGUGGACUUUAGAGCCAUAAAGCAAGUGAAUGAUUAAUUUUCCUGCAGAAAUGAGACUAAAGCUUGAUCGUGGUGAACGGCGAAGCAGCAAGUUUCACACAGUGACCGGUCUAGAUAUAAAAGUACAGUAACUAAUAACUGUUUAGCACCUUAAGUUGAGUGUUUUAGUAGUUGAUGCUGAAGCGGCUGUGAGGGAAAGUAAACGCAUCAUCUGUCCGUUUAAUGCUUCAUUUAUAAUUUGAAUCUAUCAGAACAGCACAUGAUCAGCCAGCGAUGGACCAAAGCAAGACUGAUCAUGUAACUCCGCCCACAACUCCAAACAAAGCCACGCCCUCAUCGCCAACGUCCGCUGAACAGCCGAUGGGUUUGAGCAGUCCAGAGUUACUAAGAGAACUGAAACAACCACACACGCUCAAACACGUCCCCGCGCACACGGGACGGAAAACGGUGUUCUGUGGACGAGGACGACAGAAUCAGACGGCAGAGAGUCAGUCGAAAACCCUGCACUGAAACUCCAGCAUUCUCAGUGACUGUUCAGCAGUGAUUAGUUGCUCUGUCAUUGGCUGUCUGAGCUGUCCGUCAGUGAUAAGCCCCACCCCCUGCAGUGAUGUGGGCACGUGGUUUGCUCUGGUUAUGAGGAUCUUUAGGGAACACAUCUGUCAUGUUUGUGUGCAAGUAUGAAACCAGUUUGUCCAUCUGUAGCGCAUAUGAUGUUUAAACAAUGUACGUCAUAUCAAAUAUGAAAUAAAAAUCAAAGCUGA